CACAGCUGGGCGGGACCGGAGGUCCAGUUACGGCUCUCUUGUUCUCUGGAGUUUAUUUAAGCAGCGUGAUGUUUGAACUGUUGAUGAAGUGGAGAAGACGAUGUCGCCCGUCUGGACGGUCGCUGUGGUGGCGCUCUCAGCGUUGGUGGUUGUUUCCGGUCACCUGAACCUCAACUGUUCCUACAUGGGUCUAACCCAGUACCUGAAGCUGACCUCCGCCACCGAUGACCUGUCCAUCAUCCGGCCCGUGUUGGACUGGCGCCAUGCCACCGUUGUAUCGGUCGACAUGCUCAUCUACGGCAUCCUGGGAGUGGAUGAAAUGACUCAGACGGUGACGACGCACGUCUGGAUCCUGGUGGGCUGGACGAAUGAGAUCCUCACCUGGAAUGCGUCGGAGUUCUGUGGGAUUAGCAGCCUCAGCGUUCCCAGGACCAUGAUCUGGAACCCCGACCUCUACAUCUUGGAGGACGCAUCUGACAGCGGGACUCUGGUCAAGGGCCCCAUGGUGAUUUUGGACUCCAUGGGGGAGGCUGCCAGCUUCAUCACAGGAAAACUCACCACCGUCUGCUCACUCAAUCUUCGGCUGUACCCCUUCGACAUCCAGAAUUGUAACAUCUCCUUCAUGUCCCUGAGCAUGAGCGAGGACGAGCUGCGGCUGGGUUUACUGAAGGAGGAGGUGAUUAAGAAGCAACUGUCCUCCAAAGUUCUAAUGACUAAAGGGGAGUGGGAGCUGAUCGAGAUGGACGUCCUUCAGUCUUGGCAGGAAGGAAUCAUGAACAAGAGCCAGCUCAGAUACAAGGUGACUCUGAAGAGGAAGCCCAUGCUUCACAUCAUCAACUUCAUCGUGCCCCUCUUCUACCUUCUCAUCCUGGAUCUGGCCUCCUUCUUCAUCUCUCAUUCCUCGGGUGAGAAGCUGAGCUUCAAGGUCACGGUGCUGCUGUCCAUCUCCGUGCUGCUGCUGAUCCUGCAGGACAUGUUGCCGUCCACUGAGGACCAGCUGCCUCUGAUCGCUUCGUACUGCAUCGGUAUCUUCGCCUUGGUGGGGGUCAGCCUCCUGGAGUGCAUGCUGAUGUGCUUCCUGUGCAACCUGGACGAGUUGUGCGCCAAAAGGUCACAGAAGAGGGGCAGCUCUGACAAAGACAUCCACACUGGUGAACCAGCAGUCGUCUCAGAGCAAGUGGACCUAAAGUUGAGGAAGCCGGCCCCUCCGUCAGAUCGUGACCUGCUCGCCAUGAUCCUGCAGGAAGUGAAGACGGCGGAAGAGGCAGUUGUCAACGCUGAGAAGACGACGGGCUGCUACGCAAAAGUAGCAAGAAUCAUCGACAUCAUCUUCUUUAGCCUCUAUUUGCUGACCGUCGUGGUCUUCUUCACUUCCUUUUACUUUUAUUGGGUUCCGUCUGGUUUCUUUGAUUGAU